AUGACGGUGGUAUACUUCGACUGGUUGGACUAUCUCGUGUUCGGGAUGAUGCUCUUCCUUUCAGUGCUCAUCGGGGUUUACUACGCAUUCUUCGCUAAACAGAAGCAAAACACCACGGCGGAGUACCUAAUGGGCGGAAAAACAAUGGGAAUGUUUCCCAUUUCGAUGUCUUUGAUAGCCAGUUAUAUUUCUGGAAUAUCAUUACUGGGCAUUCCGGCUGAAAUGUAUACUUAUGGCACUCAGCUGUGGUCUGCAGUGUUGUCUGAGUGGGCGGUCUCACUUACAAUUGCUGUUAUUUACCUGCCCGUGUUUUACAACUUACAAAUAACAUCGACAUACGAGUACCUGAAGCUUAGAUUUAACCAAAACGUACGUUUGUUGGGAUCCAUCAUAUUUAUCAUCAAAAUGAUGCUCUACAUACCGAUAGUUAUUUACGUCCCAGCUUUGGCCUUCAGUCAAGUUACUGGCAUCAAUUUGCACUACAUCACCCCCAUUGUGUGCAUUGUGUGCAUAUUUUAUACAACUCUAGGAGGACUGAAAGCUGUAGUAUGGACGGACACUCUGCAAACUGUCCUUAUGUACUUUGGUGUUGUAUUUGUACUAGCGUAUGGAACAUGGCGUCUGGGUGGAAUAGGCAACGUCAUCAACAUAAACAAAGAGGGUGAUCGACUGGAGUUUUUUAACAUGGACCCAGAUCUAACAAUUCGUCAUACGUUUUGGUCAACAGUGAUUGGAAAUUAUUUUGCAUGGCUUGCAUCUUGUUCAGUCAAUCAAGCCAUGGUACAAAGAUGUCUUGCUUUGUCUUCUUUGAAAAGAGCCAGAAUUACUGUAUUUAUAAUGGCAGGAGGUAUCUUUAUCCUAGUUUCGCUCUGUUGUUACACGGGACUUGUUAUUUACGCUACGUUUGCCACAUGCGAUCCUCUUACUACUGGAGCUAUUAGGAAAAACGAUCAAUUACUGCCGUACUUUGUUAUGACUAUAACCGGUUCAAUACCAGCGCUUCCCGGCAUCUUCAUGAGUGGUGUCUUCAGCGCGGCAUUGAGCUCCAUGUCCACCGGAUUGAAUUCAUUGUGUGGAGUGAUUUUUGAGGACCUCAUCAGGCCUGCGUAUAACAAACCAAUAUCGGAGAAAACUGCCAGUUUUAUAAUGAAAGUUAUCGUCGUUGUAAUUGGAGCAAUUUGUGUGGCGCUGGUGUUUCUUGUAGAACACAUGGGUGCUUUAAUACAAGCUGGAAAAAGUUUGGCGGGAAUCACAGCUGGUAGUCUUCUAGGGCUAUUUUCGAUGGGCCUAUUUCUGCCUUGGAUAAACGCAACAGGUGCUCUGGUAGGUGGUAUAUGCUCCACCCUAUUCGUAGGAUGGAUUUCGCUUGGAACACAAGCAGCAAUGAUGCGAGGGGAAAUAGUAAUAAUACCGAAACCCACAUCAAUUGAAGGCUGCCCAGGCAACUUCUCUUUUACAACGACUACUUCUACACCACACAGUACCGUAGAAUUUGAUCGUUCCGGAACAUUCUUCCUGUAUAGAUUGAGCUAUUUAUAUUACACGUUGGUUGGAGUGAUAGUAUCGAUCCUGGUUGGUGCCAUCGUUUCAUAUUUCACGCAACCUAAUGACCCAGCUAUGGUGCACCGCGACCUGAUGACCCCUAUUAUCCACCGCUGGCUGCCGGAGCAGCACCCGCUUUGCCAGCGGCCGCGGUUCACGCAGCACGACAUCGAACUGCACGCGCGCGAGAUCAACGAGCUUCGCGCACGCGUUGCGGCAGCGGGCGUGGGCGCAGGAAACACGAAAAGAAACAGUCGAGAUAGAGAUCACGUGACUCAAAGAAACAACAAUUUAUGAAUUUCGUUUGCGAUACCUAAGUAUAGGUUAGGUUAAUUAAUGAUCACAGUGGUGAAGGUCUGUCUAGACCCAGAAUGAAGCCAUCCAAUAGGCUAAAUUUUAUUUGUUGUUGUUAAAAGUAUUUUGUUAGUACGUAAGUUGCAUUGUAAUUUUUGUUAAAUUUAAAAUAAACC